UAUAAACUGUUUUUUUUUUUAUUUUUAAAGGUUCUUCUUUCUUCCUCCUUCUUCUUCUUUUUCGAACUUAUUUGAUAGAAAAGAAAAAUGCUACUGUCAAGCAAAAGAUGAGUAGAAUAAAGUUUGUUCCCAUAUGCGAUUGGCCAUUCUUAUUGAAUCAAGCAGAACCCGUAAUAGAGGAGAGGAUGAGUGAAGUCAAAUGUAAGAAUAUAUUCUCAAAAUGGAUUCAAUCAGCCAACGACAGUAAAUUCCUCGAAAGACCAAAGAGCAUGCAGCUGUUUUUUAAUGAUGAUCAAAAAUUGGAAGGAAUCAGGUUCAUAAUGAACAAUGGAUCAAGUGAAGAUUUUAUAGAAUUUGGUGGAAAUUUGCAAUAUAUUGCACCUGAAUUAUAUCUUCAUCAUGAAUAUCAUGCAGACUCUGUCGAUGUUUGGUCAUUGGGUAUUACAUUAUACAGGCUAUUGGUAGGAAGGUAUCCUUUUAAUUCGGAUUCAAUGGGAGAUAGGGCAUUGUUUGAAAGAAUGCUUCAAUUCAGAUAUCCAAUACCCAAUGCAUUAUCGCCUGAAGCGAAAAGCCUUAUUCAACAAAUGCUUUCACCUGUAGAAUCAAGAAUAUCACUCAAUCGGUUACCAAAUCAUCCUUGGUUCACUUUAAACAGAAGAAAGAAGAAGUCUGUUCGAGUUUUGAAAAAGAUAAUUCGAUUCAUCAUCAAAGGUCCUUAUCCACCACCCAAGAAUCCUUACUUUCAAUUAAUAAAAGUGAGUCACUGAAAAAAAAAAUUUUUUUUCCAACCAUAUAAAUAUAUGCUUCAUUUGCUUCCCCCUUUUUUU